GGCUGAGGGGCGGAGAAUGGGGGCUGUGGCGGGCGGCAGCGGCUUGCUGCGAGAGGCGGCCGCGCCAUGGACUGAGUGACACGGGGAGCCUCACGCCGCCACCGCCGGGAGUCGCUUUUCCCGCCCAGCGGCCGCCGGCGGGGGGAGCGGAUCGCAACGCAGCCGGGCCCUGCCCGCUCCUCCCAGAGGUGUGACGGGGGGCGGCGCUUGCCCGGACAUGGACUCGCAGCUCCAGGUGGGCGGCGGCCUGUAAGCAGCGUCCCAGGCCGCGAGAGGCUUGACGCCGACCGCUGGGCGGGGAGGCGAGGGGCCGAGUUAAUAUGGCCACCCCCGCCAAGGGGAAGAGCCUGCGGCCGCUGUACCCGGACACGCUACGGCCACCAACAAUCAACCUUAAUAUGGAAGAUGAGGUACAGUUUGUGACAAUGAGAAAAACCCUGAAAGUCACAAAGCCUCGUUUUGAUGCAUCCCUUGUUUACUUGACCCGAAAAUUCAUGGAUCUUGUCAAAACUGCUCCAGAUGGUGUUCUUGAUUUGAAUGAAGUAGCAACAACUCUGGGGGUACGAAAACGAAGAGUAUAUGACAUCACCAAUGUAUUGGAUGGAAUCCACCUAAUUCAGAAAAGAUCUAAGAAUCUUAUCCAAGGAUCUGAUCUUGAUCAGAUUGCUGGAAAGGCAUCAGAGCAACAAAAGCUUAGAGAUGAACUUUCUGACUUAUCAGCAAUGGAAGAAGCUCUGGAUGAAUUAAUUAAAGACUGUGCUCACCAGUUGUUUGAAUUAACGGAUGACACAGAAAACACAAAACUAGCUUAUGUGACAUAUCAAGAUAUUCAUAGCAUUAAGGCUUUUCAAGAACAGAUUGUUAUGGCAAUCAAAGCUCCAGAAGAAACAAAACUAGAAAUACCAGCUCCUAAAGAAGAUUGUAUAGAAGUACGUAUAAAGAGCACAAAGGGACCCAUUGAUGUAUAUUUAUGUGAAGUGGAGCAAGAUAACCCAGGUGCCAAAACUUUUGAAGAUAUGGAUACACUGACAUCAGAAACUAAAUCCUCAGUACCUCUCGAUGAAGAGUGAGAUCUUCUAAAUCAACUUUAAGGGUGAAGAACCAUUAGAAUGCCGAGUCCUGAGCAGAUUAUCAUGAAUAUCUGCGCUGCAGAAUUCCCUAAGAGAGCCACUUGGAACUAUGAAUAUGCUAAACUAGUAAUACUCUCAAAUGUUUUUCAAACUUAAAAUGGGAAUAAUUCAGUUGUUGAGUGCUUUCACACAAUUAUCUUCAAUUGCUUCAGUCUAAAAGAAGGCAAUUCAAGAAGCCUUUUUUAGGAGCUUUGUUUCUACACUUGUGCGUAAUCUGCAAGUGUUUGGGGAAAAUGGCCUUGUUUUUUACUGUUUUUAUUAAAUAAUUUGAAUGAUAAAAAAUAUGGACAAGAAAUUACUUCAAAAAAUGAAGAUUCUUUAAAGCUAUAUCUGGAACAAAACACCCAAACAUGGUCCUGCAAGAAUGUAGAUAAUAAAGAAAUGCACUUUUAUUUCUGAAGCUGCACUGUCACUAAACAGGAUUGUUAAAUAUAAUAUUAGAAUCAAGAACUGGAGUAUUGGAAGGCUUUUCUUACCCAUAAGGAAUAUAAGACAAGUAAACAUCAUGAAAAAUUGAAGCUAUGCCUUGCACUGUGUGGAUGCUGUUUGCAUCCAACUCGGCAUGUAAUUCUAGUGUGAACGAUGAAGUUAAAGGCAUGGCUUUUGUGUAUAUAUCUGUAUCCUGUUUAGAUAGUCACUGAUGGAGAUUGACAAAAUGAAUUGCACUUCUGCCUUUGUACAGCAAAAACUGAAAUAAACUUGUAAAUAUAAAAAGUGGUCAGUCUAACAGUGUUUAGUUCAGCUUCAUCUUGGCUUUCUCUUUAAACAGUAGAAAUUCAUUAGGUGACAUUUAUGAACAGUAUGAAUCUGUUGUGUAAAAAUGACUCGUAAAUUGACAAGCAUAAUCUAUUGAAACUGGGUCUGUUGAUUAAUCGCAGUUAACUCGUGAUAAACUCUCAAAUUAGUUAUGAUUAAAAAAAAUCACAAUUAAUCGUUUUAAUCGCAUUGUUAAACAAUAGAAUACCAAUUGAAAUUUAUUAAAUAUUUUGGAUGUUUUCUACAUCUUCAUAUAUAUUGUAUUCUAUAUUGUAAUUGAAAUCAAAGUAUAUUAUUUUUUAUUACAAAUAUUUGCACUGUAAAAAUGAUAAACAGAAAUAGUAUUUUUCACUUCACCUCAUACGAGUACUGUAAUGCAAUCUUUGUUGCGAAAGUGCAACUUACAAAUGUAGAUUUUUUUUUUUUUGUACAUAACUGCACUCAAAAACAAAACAAUGUAAAACUUUAGAGGCUACACUCUGUCCCUACUUGUUCAGCCAAUUGCUAAGACAAACAAGUUUGUUUACAUUUACAGGAGAUAAUGGUGCCCUCUUCUUAUUUACAAUGCCAUCAGAAAGUGAGAACAAGUGUUCGCAUGGCCCUUUUGUAGCCAGCAUUGCAAAGUAUUUACGUGCCAAAUAUUCGUAUGCCCCUUCAUGCUUUAGCCACCAUUCCAGAGGACGUUUCCAUGCUGAUGACACUCGUUAAAAAAAUAAUGCAUUAAUUAAAUUUGUGACUGAACUCCUUGGGGGAGAAUUGUAUGUCCCCUGCUCUGUUUUUCCCAUUUCUGCCAUAUAUUUCAUGUUAUAGUAGUUUCGGAUGAUGACUCAGCACAUGUUCGUUUUAAGAUCACUUUCACUGCAGAUUUGACAAAAUCUGAGAUUUCUAAAGAUAGAUACAGCACUCGAUCCAAGGUUUAAGAAUCUGAAGUGCCUUCCAAAAUCUGAGAGGGAUGAGGUGUGGAGCAUGCUUUCAGAAGUCUUAAAAGAGCAACACUCCGAUGCAGAAACUACAGAACCCGAACCAGCAAAAAAGAAAAUCAACCUUCUGCUGGUGACAUCUGACUCAGAUCAUGAAAAUGAACAUGCAUCGGUCCGCACUGCUUUGGAUUGUUAUCGAGCAGAACCCAUCAUCAGCAUGGACGCAUAUCCUCUUUAAUGGUGGCUGAAGCAUGAAGGGACAUAUGAAUCUUUAGUGCAUCUGGCAAGUAAAUAUCUUGCGAUGCCAGCUACAAUAGUGCUAUGAGAAGACCUGUUCUCACUUUCAGGUGACAUUGUAAACAAGAAGCGGGCAGCAUUAUCUGCUGCAAAUGUAAACAAACCUGUUUUUUUUUUGAGUGAUUGGCUGAACAAGAAGUAGGACUGAGUAGACUUGCAGGCUGUAAAAUUUUACAUUGUUUUAUUUUUGAAUGCAGUUUUCUUUGUACAUAAUUCUACACUUGUAAGUUCAACUUUCAUGAUAAAGAGAUCGCACUAAAGUACUUGCAUUAUGUGAACUGAAAAAUACUAUUUCUUUUGUUUUUCACAGUGCAAAUACUUGUAAUCAAAAAUAAAUAUAAAGUGAGUACUGUACACUUUGUAUUCUGUGUUGCACUUGAAAUCAAUAUAUUUGAAAAUGUAGAAAACAUCCAAAAUAUUUAAAUAAAUGGUAUUCUAUUAACAACCGUGCGAUUAAUAGUGUGAUUAAUUUUUUUUUAAUGGCUUGACAGCCCUAAUUGAAACAUUUUAUUGUACAGGCACACUAACGACGUACCAUCUAAUACUGGAAGUUAUUGAGGCAUCUUGACAGUGCUACAUACCCAGUAAUUGAUGUGUAAAUCCAUCAUUAAUGGUUGCUGCAUAUGUCUUGAACUUAACUGUAACGUAGUGCUUCAAAAUAGUAGAGCUGCCUUUUCAUAAUUUUUACCAUGCAAAAAGUUGCCUAAUUUGGAACUGUUCUUUCAGCUGUAGCUGCAGUUUCCCUUUUUUCCCUAAAAUGUUUAACAAGGUACAAAGUGUUUUACACUACUGUCCCUCUGGAAUUAGUUUUCCAAAUGAGUUAGUUCAUCUGGGCUAUCAACAUAAGUGUGGGACUCUCUGUUGUUUUGCUAUAGUAUAGAUUCUGCUUGCAUAUCAAGAUUUUUCUUUAAAAUUAUGCAUGGGCAAAUUAAACUUCCAACUAUGAUACACUUAGGCUAGGUCUAUACUACCCGCCUGAAUCGGCGGGUAGAAAUUGACCUCUCGGGGAUCGAUUUAUCCCGUCCCGUCGGGACGCGACAAUCGAUCCCCGAAUCGGCGCUCUUACUCCACCAGCGGAGGUGGUAGUAAGUGCCGCCGACAGAAAGCCGCAGAAGUUGAUUUUGCCGCCGUCCUCACAACGGGGUAAGUCGGCUGCGAUACGUCGAAUUCAGCUACGCUAUUCACAUAGCUGAAUUUGCGUAUCUUAAAUCUACUCCCCCCUGUAGUGUAGAUGUACCCUUAGUGUAAUCAGUUUCUCAAUUCAGAGGAAGGUCAAAAAUAGAACUAUACCUCUAUCCCGAUAUAACACGAAUUCGGAUAUAACGCGGUAAAGCAGUGCUCCGGGGGGGUGGGGCUGCGCACUCCAGUGGAUCAAAGCAAGUUCGAUAUAACACGGUUUCACCUAUAACAUGGUAAGAUUUUUUUGGCUCCCCAGGACAGCGUUAUAUCGAGGUAGAGGUGUACCACUAUGUUCUAACUGCUGAAAUACUUUCAUGUAGUUCAAGCCAAUGCUAAUUGAAGACUUCAGAUAAUCAGAAAUUUUAAAUACUGAUGUUUUAUACAGCUAUUGUUUAAAACCAGUCAGCAUUCAUUUUGUUAAACAGUAGAGAGUAGCCGACUAAAUAGCUUCAAUGCAACUAAAUGAAGACCCCAAAUUAACCCAACUAUAUAUAGUUCGCCUACUGGACAAAGUAUUAAGCAGACCAGUACUUGUUUCAAGCAGCACUCAGAUGUUUUGUAUGUGAUCUAACAACUUCCAGAUCUAGGGAGAUGCCUUAGUGAAUUCCAAAUGGGACUUCAGCAUUAUUGGGAUCUCAUUAUCUUUCCUACUUUGUCUUCCUUUAGAACAGUGAACUAUACCAUGGGCUUCAAUAGAAGCAUUACUUAGGAUUCAUCUAAGGUUUAGAAAAAAAAUUAAGGUACACUUGCUGGCUUGGUUAUAAUAUGGAUUGGGAAGAAGCUUGUAAAGGGUCCGGAGCAAGCAAGUACUAAAUGAGGCAAGAAAUCCUAAAGCAUCUGUGAGUAGAAAGAUCAUUAUGUCAGUUUGGAGGAAGACAUGCGUUCUAGAGAAGUUGAUCAGUAGACCUUAGAUUAAAUUGUUUGAGAUGCAAGACCUCAGUGAUGAUGACUGGCAAAACAUCUCUCCCUCUAGGUGGCAGACUUGUUUGCUUUUGGACGGAAUAAGCAGUAAUUUAAUUAGCCUUUUCUAGGAUCAUUUCAACAGUUUGAACAAUAGACUGUUUACUGUGAAAUAAACACUUAAGAUUUUAUUAGCAGAAGAGUGAGGUAACCUACAUUUUGUGCAUUAGGAUAGGGUCUUGAACUGGAGCUGUGCAGUCAUGUAACUUGGAAUAAUGAGCUGUAGCAUUUAUUAAAGGGACACCAUUUAAAAUACACUUGUCAAUAUUUUUACCUGUUACAAGUAACAUUGAAGAUCACUAUUAAAGGGAGGUUUAGGAAGUUUUUUUUCUUUUUGUCAUGCAUUUAACAGCAUUUUGUAGAUAGUUUCCUUUUUUCACCUUUUAAUGUGGGUUUUUCACACAGCAACAGAUAGAAGAAAAACAUUUAAACAUAAGAAAAUGUGGUAAAAUGACAAAAUUGUGAGGGAAGCCUGGGGCCAGAUGUAAAUAUUAAAAUACUCUUAAUUUGUUUUUACAAUGGAUUAGACUUGUCCCUGUAUACUGACUUUAAUAAUGCAUAUUAAAUUUUUAAAAAUAAUGUGCACUCUACCCUCUAUUGGUGGUUAAACAGUACCUUUUUGUUACUUGAAUCUUUGUAACAUUAUCUAGUUGUGCUAAUGGAAGACCUUAACCUAUUGCAGAUGAUCAUGGAGGUAAUUAGCUAGCUGAAUAAGUUUAGACUUGACAGUGCAGGAAUAGAUGUUGAAUUAUGCUCAUCUUGAGUAUUAGAAACUCUCAUAAAAGGUAAAUGUGAUGGGAUACCUUAAUAGAGGAGAUAAGACUUUACUCCCGUGAGUAUGUAUAAUACAGUGCAUCUAUUUGAUUUUUGUGUGUGUGUAAAGUGGUUAUUGAAAUUACUUUAGUCUUUUUAUAUAAAAAUAAACCAUUUUGCAACAUG